AUGGUUUGCCUAGAGUCGCGACAGAAAGAGAAAUGGCUCGGCUGGGAUGUGAAGCAGCACAGCCCUGAGGAGACAAGUGGUAUCUGGAACCUCGGGGUUUUCUUUUGGCUGAACACGUUGUUUAUGAGAGGCUAUCGUGUCAUCCUGACGCUGGAUAGUCUUUAUCCCCUUGACAAGGCUCUUGCAGCCGAGACACACCAAAAGCUCGCUGAGCGAGUUCGUAAUAAUCCAUAUAAGGGCCAGAAAUACGGUCUGGCACAGUUACUGGUGAGAAUCCUAGCCCUCCAGCUAGUACCACCGAUUAUUCCUCGUGCAGCGCUGCUCGCCGCCAGCAUAUGUCAACCAUUUCUCAUUCAUGCCCUACUGCACUACCUACAAAAUGAUAACCAAGAACAAAGUCAUGGAUAUGGACUCAUUGGCGCAACGGCUCUAACGUACGGGGCAAUUGCGUUCUCAACAGCAUUAUACUGGUACUUCCAAGAGCGUUUUGUCAUUAUGGUUCGAGGUAUCCUCGUGCUCGCUGUGUAUGAAAAGACUAUAGAGCUUAAGAUGCCUACGGAUGGCGAGUCUGGCGCCCUUACGUUGAUGAGCACUGAUGUCGAGCGCAUUACAAGAGGUAUUCUAGACCUCCAUGAAUACUGGGCCAACACAAUCCAGAUUGCUCUAUCUUGCUGGCUCCUCCAACGAGAACUUGGUGCUGCGUUCGCUGCCUCUCUUGGUGUAGUCGCUCUGUCAACACUCACUGCAUUUGGGAUCGGCAAGCUCCUUGGACCACGUCAAAAGGCAUGGAUGGAAGCGAUUGAGACAAGAGUUAAUGUAACCGCGGCUUCUAUUGCGCAGAUGAAGCUAGUGAAGAUGUCUGGUAUGACAAAGCCAAUCGAAUCUUGUGUCCAGAGACUGAGAGUGAGAGAGAUCGAGAUCGGUGGGCGUUGGCGUAUGCUCCUCGCAGCAGCGGCUACUGUCUCUCAGGUUCCCAUGACCUUAUCUUCCGUCAUCACUUUUGCAGUGGCAACCAAGACGCUCGACACAACGUCGAUAUUUGUUUCCAUCUCCUACCUUACCCUUCUCGCAUCGCCUCUGAUGAUACUCUUUCAGAAGAUUCCCCAGUUUCUUGGGGCGCUAACCUGUCUUCAACGGGUCCAGUCGUAUCUGGAACGCGACCCACGGUUUGAGUAUCGCCGUCUUGAUCCACGUAUAAUGUCAGCCACGUGUGUGGCUUCGUUUUCUCCUUCACCUUCUAUCUCUGGCACUAGCACUACGGGCAUCGAGAUGGAGACUCUACCGGGGAAAGGCGCCCCUCGCGUGGUGAUCAAGGACGGCAGCUUUGGCUACCACGAGAACGCUGCCGUUCUUAAGCAUGUCAAUAUCACCAUUCCAUCAUCAUAUCUCACCGCGAUCGUUGGUCCUGUUGCCAGCGGAAAAUCCACUCUAUGCAAAGCCAUUCUCGGCGAAGUCCCCUUUGCGACUGGCUCCACUGCUGUCCUCAGCUCCACAGCCAUCGGCUACUGUGACCAACAGCCAUUCUUGACAAAUAUCUCCAUCAGAGACAACAUCAUUGGCAAUAGUCACUUCGACGACAAGCGAUAUAAUUCCGUGAUACAUGCUACCAUGCUCGACCGGGACAUUGCAAACCUGCCUCAGGGCGAUAGCACAGUGAUAGGAAGUGGCGGCAUUGCUUUGAGCGGCGGACAACGCCAGCGAGUGUCAAUCGCAAGGGCCCUAUACCUUGUAGACGCCAAACUCUUGAUAUUUGAUGAUGUCCUUAGCGGUCUGGAUGCCAGAACAACGGAUCAUGUUUUCCGAAAUGUCUUUGGGCGAGAUGGAAUGCUUCGUCGUCGUGGCGCCACUGUUAUUCUGUGCACACACAACCUUCGGCACUCUCAAGCCGCGGACCAUAUCAUAAAAGUCGGCAGUAAUGGAGAAGUGUCUGAAGAGAAACCCACUGCUGACAUGAGUUUACCUGCAAACUCUGAUCUAGUCUCCGAUCCGGCGCCACCUUCGACUGAAGUACUUGGAAGUGCACAAGGCCCAGCACCUCCUUACUCACCACCGGCUGAAGGCAUGACAGCGGAGGAAACAGUGGCGCGAAAGCUAGGCGACACGAGCGUCUUUGGCUAUUACAUACGCACCAUUGGUCUUUUUCCCAUCGUAGCCUUCACUUUCGCUUGUAUAUGCAACGGCUUCCUCAACAACUUCCCACGCAUAUGGCUCACAUUCUGGGCUGACGAUGCAGCUCGACCACAGAGAGGCUUGUGGCAAAUGCACUCUCAGGCCUACUACAUCGGCAUCUAUGGAAUGCUGCAGGUACUAGCCUUGAUAUCCUUCAUGGCUGCCGUGGUACUGGUUUUAGGCCCUUUCAUCCGUCUCAGUGGCUCGGUACUGCACCAGAGGGCAUUGGAGACUGUUAUCAACGCACCGUUGCAACUGUUGACAACAUCGGACACUGGGACUAUCACCAACUACUUUUCCCAAGAUAUAACCAUCAUUGAUAAUGAGCUCCCUAUGGCUGUAGCCAACGUAGUGCUGGAUAUCUUUGGUGUUGUCGGAAUGGGUGUCCUUAUCGCGUCGUCAUCACCGUGGCUAGGACUUACUUACCCAGCUAUGAUCCUCAUCCUAUGGCUGAUUCAAAGGUUCUACCUCCGAACGUCUCGGCAGCUGCGACUGCUGGACCUCGAGGCAAAAAGUCCGUUGUACACCCAUUUUCUUGACACGUCCAGAGGCAUCGCUACCAUUCUCCCAGAGGCCGAUGUAUCUACUUUCAAUGGUUUCAUAACGCAGCUUCGAUCUAGUUCAAGUCUUUCUGGCGCGUCACUUGUCACGCUGAUGACAUUGAGUCAGUCUUUGAGUGACAUUGUGCGGUUCUACGCUGCUUUGGAGACAUCUAUCGGAGCUGUAGCUCGGCUCCGAAACUUUACUGCCAAGACCGGGACGGAAGGUGUUUUGCAUGGUGAUGUAAAAGUCAAUCAGCAGUGGCCAUCGAAAGGAUCCAUCCAAGUCCGAAGGGUUUGGGCGACAUACAACGAAGAUGCUGAAGAAUAUGCGCUGCAAGGAAUCGACGUCUCGAUCCGAGCAGGUGAAAGGAUAGCCUUGUGUGGUCGUACAGGAAGCGGAAAGUCUUCUUUUAUUCUCCUCCUUCUCGCCCUGUUAGAACCUGUGCAAAAGGAUAAUGUCAAGUACACGCUGUCCAUUGACAGUGUUCCUCUCUCAUCCAUAAGUCCUCAGACUCUCCGAGAAAGAAUAAUAACUGUACCCCAGGACCCAGUAUUCCUACCAUUAGGCAGUACCGUUAGGCAAAACCUAGACCCGCUUGGGGCAGCAACGACAGAGCAGUGUCAUGAAGUUCUGCAAGCAACGGACCUCUGGGACAUGGUUGAAUCCCAGGGCGGGCUAGACAGUGUUCUAUCAGAAUCUUCACUCAGUCAAGGGCAAAAGCAGGUCUUCAAUAUUGCUCGAGCAGUGCUUAAGCGGAAAACUAGCGGUAGCUCUCUACUCCUCUUGGAUGAGUUCACCAGUUCGGUCGAUGCCGACACCGAGCGAGACAUGCUUGCAAUGAUCGAGAGAGAGUUUGCUAGUUGCACUAUAGUUAUGGUCGCCCAUCGACUGCACAUUGUUUCUGAGUUUUGCGACAGGGUGCUUGUGCUAGAUCGCGGAAGAAUUGUAGAGGACGGUGACCCUCAGAUGCUGGCAAGGGUCGACGAAUCGUGGUUUGCGAGUCUGCUGGCGGCUGGAGGAUAA